AUGUUGCCACGCCUGAGCACGAAAGUGCAUCCUCAACGCUCGUUGCUGGCAAUUGUAACUCCGCCAUCCAGUUGUGAAGGCAAAGCGGAAAGUUACAAUUGCUUGCCGUCACCGUCCGCCCCACCUAAUGAAGCUGAGCCGACGCCGCCUACAGUUUCCAACCACACGCAGUGGUUUUACAACUAUCCACGCCUCAGCUUCGUCAUUCUUUUCAUUGUAUGCACCUACAUCGGAGGCAUCUACGUGUCCACAAGAGUCACGUCGUGGACACUUGAUGCGCUGGGAGUUCACCAAGAGCUCACGGCCGCGAGAGAAACGUACGUUGCUACGAGCCGCAUACUGAACACCAUGACGGAGUGUGUAGAUCGGAGCUCCUUAGAGUAUUUGGCCGGUGCCAAAUUGCAAUUCGAAGCCGACAGCAAACGUGUCCAGAAAAUCAUCGACGCAAAUGACAAAGUGCUUGCCGACCAUCGGAACGUGACCAUGACAUGUUCCAAGGCUUUCUUGUCAACCUUGAAGGAGCAGGUGAAAACGACCACAUCGGACGACGCAAACUCGACAAUGAGUUGCUUCGCUGACAGUUUUUACGAAAAUGUGCCAGAAACUGAAGCUGUAUCGUCCUCGAGGGCACUGGUACUUGCUGUGCGUACAUUACUGACGACCCAAGCUGUGUCGACAGCAAACGACAGUGUAUCUAAGCAGCAAUCCAAAAUUGAAAACCAGCUUCUGGAAAUGUGGAAUGCUGUUGACACAGUCAAGACAUCAAUUGAAAAAACACUCGGAGCAGCAAACACCUUAGCCUCCAAGGAAUUGAGCUCACUGGCACCAAUACUCUCUAAUAGUGACGGGAGUGGCCAUACAAAACAGUCAGCCUCUCGGCUUGGUCGUCUAAGCAAAGUCAUGUCUUCAGAGCUGUCGGAUCCUCUGACUGCAGCAUCGUCAACGAGUGUCCAAGCCAUACAGAAAGCUGGCCGAACACUUCACAAAGGUCUCGAGUUUCUGGCGGGUUUACACGAUGGUUUUACGGACGUCAUGAAUACAGUCGACGAAACUUGGGGGUUGCUGGAAAAGCAGUUAAAUGCCACUAUCCGACAGGCAACACAAUUGCAAAAAGAACUUCUAUACGCUGCUGAGACCACAGCCCAACAGAUAAACCACACAAGUGCAGCAGUUAUGACGAACUUGAACCAGACUCAACAGGAAAUAUCCACUUCAUUUGACAUCUUGCGCGAACAAUGGCAAAAUGCUGUCAAAAAGUUGGUGGGGGAAGGAUUCACACCAUGGAAACGACUUGGAGACCAGCUUGUGGCUGAACUCACUGCGAAUCAGCGUCAAACUAAAAGGCCAGAGAGCACCAUUCAACGCAAAUAUCUUUUGCCAGACAGAACGUCGAAUUCAAGCUUGGAACAAGAGCACGAGAAGCUAACACGUGACGAGAGUCUGCAAAACACAACGUCGUCUGCAUCUCCUGAUAGUGGUGACAAAUUUGACAUUGACACUGCGGUGUUGCGUGCCUCACUGGUGGAUUUGGGUGCUUUAAUAACUCAAGUGAUUUUCUACGUGGAUGUUGGUCGUCUCACUCUGCUGGCUGCAGACCUGGCAGUUGGGCUCAUUACUGAGUCGUACUCUGACAUGCCAAUGUUGGACAUCCGAGGUAUCACCACAGUUGACACAAUUGGAAGCGUCUGCGAGAUUUUUCUUUGCCAGCACAGUUUUUCAGCGGUUUGCUAUACCCUUGUGGCAAAAGCCUCGGAGUUGAUACGGUUCCUGGUGACGUUCCUUCUGCUUUUCUUCGCUGCGUGCGUUGUUACUGGAAUGCUAUUCAUGUGGAAACAAGACCACAUCGCGCAUUGCAAAGUUUCUGGUGCUGCCACCUCACCAACAACGAUUCAGAGUAUCACCCGAACAUAUUUCGAAAACAAUGGCAACAGUAGCAACACUGUCGGCAAUCCACUUGAUGAAAUCCUAAAGUACACCACUAUUAUCAACGAUUCAAUCCACAAUGACUACACCGCAUUAGAGCUGGACGUUGCUGUUGUGUGGAAGAAUCAAUCAGCAUUACUUGAGGAUUCCAGUGACUGUGCGACAACUACGAGCAGUUUGGUUCGAAUGCUUCAAGACUGCACGGGACAGACUAGCGAUAAUUGGCUGGCUUCCGUUGAUGAUACGUCUCUUUCCAGUCAGUGUUUGACAAGCACACUCAGCAACACGUCGGAAAUCGUGACUCCUUCGUCCACUGCGGAGAAAUUGAGUGAAAAAGCGCCAUUUCUAGAACCAUUAACUGCAUUCACACAAUGUUUCCCAGAAGAAGUGCUGCAAAUGGGACGAGAAGAAGUUGUAGCAAAGCUACAGCACAACCUCGCCUGUGCGACUGAAAAGGCUGUGUAUCUAUCAUGUGCUUCGUGGUGGCUGUUGAUCAUCAUCUUCGUUGCGAACCGCUUCACCGUGAGGAUGAUCAUUAAAGCAGCAGGUGUCUACUGGUGGCGCUUUCUCAGUGCCAAUCGACUGGAAUUCGUUGGUUUCUGCCAGGAAGAUGGAAAUAUCGUGGCGAGUGGCAAAUUGCCGAAUGCAAUUCAGCAACACUUGCGCGCAGCGAAGUGGCACAUUAUCGGUCGCUUUGUUGGCAUCGGUUGUACCUUUACUUGCAUCAUCGCUGUGAUCUUCAUUGCUUUCCAUGGAGUUGCUUAG